AUGCCGACGGACAGUGGAAUCUUAUCGGGAGUCAGUUGAAUUCGAUUAGCGUAUGACGGAGCGCACUUGUAACACAGAAAGAGAAAGAGAAAGUUGUUAUUUUGUGAUUUAGAAACACGAGGAGAUUGAGUGUCCUUCAGACUCUCUUGAGUGCUUACCGUUUUGUGUCGGGAUCAGUUGUGGAACACGAGAGUGACUCGAGAAUAGAUGUGAGGAGGAGCGGUGACAGCACGUGGAAUGGGAACAUACACAAAAGUAGGCGAGGUCAGUGGGAGGUCACGGACAGAAAAAGAAGAAGUGCGGACGAAGCUGUCUGCUUGCAACAAACGGAUGAUUAAGGAAAGUGAGAGCGAUCUAGUUCUGUCUUGUUUUGAGGUGCCGUCGAACGAUUUGAUUAGAAACAGUUACAGUCAGCCGACGACCCGUAUUCACGUGAAACUGAAACAAUUUGCCAGAUACGGCGAGAGAAAGAGAACAGAACAAUGUUCUUCGUGUAUCCGCAGCAUCUAAACACGAUAGCUCGAACGGAUCAAUGAUAAAGAGAAAGUGGCGGCGAAGGAAGCGAGGAUGCGCGCUGAGAAAGUGAACAAGGGAGAAACUGAAUGACCCAAAUCGGCCGCCGAUCCGUACUUUGCAUGAAAGAAGACGUUGUGAUUGCUAUUGAAAAAAUCCAGGAUACGGUGUAGCUUCACACAAACAAUGUUCUGAUUCAGGUCGAAUUGGCCGCCCGCAAGGAGAAUCCCGUGCCGCUGACGUGGGGAGUAGGAGCCGGAGGCAAAGAAACCAACGAUCCGCUGCUCGUGUUGAAUGGAGGAGGACUGCUUCCAUUGGGAGGAACGGAGAUUAGCGGUAUGGCAAGAGGAGCGGGGAAACUGGAUGGAAAUGGUCUUUGUUGCAGGAGGCUACAAGGGUUACGGCCUGAGUUCGAUGAUCGAGAUAUUCUGCGGAGUUCUCGCUGGAGCUCAUUGGGGACCGCACGUCAGAAAGUGGAUGAGCACGAGCAGUGAGGCCGAUUUGGUAGGUCAACAGUAGAACUGGCAAAGAGCAAACAACCAACUUCAGGGCCAAUGCUUUGUGGCCAUCGAUCCGGAAGCUUUUGCUCCAGGAUUCGCAGAGCGUCUCCAGGAUUUCAUGCAAACAAUGAGAGAUCUGCCUACGGUAUGAGAACCGAAAAACAGUGAUCAGUGUCGGUUCGACCAACCAGACGACUGUUCCGUGAACUGACGGAAUCCCCUUAAUUUGAUCAUUCCGAUUCAUUUGUUUUCAGACGGAUGCUUCGAAGAAGGUGGAAGUUGCCGGAGACAUGGAGAGAAGACACGAAGCACUCGUCGAGCAGCUCGGAGGAAUUCCGUAUCACAAGAACCAAAUCGCAUUUGUGGUAAGUCAUUUAACAAGAGCACGCCUUCUAAUGUGCCCGUUCCAGAACGAAUUGGCCGGCAAGCUCGGAGUUAAGACCGUUGACCUGGUGGCAUGA